CUCCCUCUCACUUUUCAAAAACUAGUUCUGCUUGCACGAUGGAUAGCGCAGGACCAUCCUCCUCUACUCCGAUGCCUGAUGUCUCGGCGGAUAACAUGACAUCUAGAGACUACUAUGCCGACUCUUAUGCUCACUUUGGUAUUCACGAGGAGAUGUUGAAAGACACUGUACGAACCGGCUCGUACCGCAACGCGAUCAUCAACAACCCCCACCUAUUCAAGGGCAAGACAGUGCUCGAUGUCGGCUGCGGAACAGGCAUUCUGAGCAUGUUUGCCGCGAAGGCUGGUGCUCAGCACGUCGUCGGCAUUGACAUGUCCAACAUCAUUGAUCAAGCGGAAAAAAUCGUCGAAGCCAACGGCUUCAAGGACACCAUCACCCUUGUCAAGGGGAAACUUGAAGACGUACCGCUCCCGAUUGAACAGUUUGACAUCAUCAUCUCUGAGUGGAUGGGCUACUUCCUUCUAUACGAGUCCAUGCUGGACACCGUGCUGCUCGCACGCGACCGCUACUUGAAGCCCGGAGGUCUGAUCUUCCCAGACAAUGCGACCCUCUACCUUGCUGCAAUCGAGGACUCCGAGUACAAGGAGGAAAAAAUCAACUUCUGGGACAACGUGUACGGGUUUGACUAUUCGUGCAUCAAGGAUAUUGCUCUCCGCGAGCCACUGGUUGAUACUGUCGACUUGAAGGCCGUCGUGACAGACCCUUGUAUGAUCAAGCAUAUUGAUCUUCGCACCGCCAAGAAGGAGGAUCUGACCUUCACUGCGCCAUUCGCUCUUAAGGGCACCCGAAAUGACUACGUCCAUGCAUUCCUUGCAUGGUUCGACAUUGCAUUCGAGUGCACUCACACAAAAGUCAAAUUCUCGACAGGUCCUCAUGCCAAGUAUACCCAUUGGAAACAAACUGUUUUCUACACACCUGAUACCAUCACAGUGUCUGAAGAACAGCAGAUCAAGGGGCGGCUGUCCUGUGCACCCAACGCAAGAAACCCCCGCGACCUCGACAUCAUAAUCGCUUACCAGUCGGAAGGCGAGCCUGAGGCUGAGAUACACUACAAAAUGUCCUAAUUCAUAUACAAUACCCAAUCUGUAUCGAUUCUGCAUUAAUUUUGCUGUCUCUAUCCACGCAAUGCAGGUAUUAGAAUGAUGUAUUACGACACUGGGCCGCGGUCGGCUGUACCGCAUUGCUCUACUCAUAUCUGUGCGCGAUAUGCAAUAGAUAUGGAUGUAUGCUAUGCUUUGGUGGACUUCAAGAGAUUGAUGUUGUAUAAC